UCUAAUGAGCAGCCUUCGACCGUCUGAAGGCGCCCCGGUGCGCAUGCGCCACCGUCCGCGGCAUCGCUGCCUACAACAACAAGCAGGAGCCAGCAACAUGGCCGACCUGGGGAAGAAGUACUGUGUGAACUGCCUGGCGGACGUUACCAACCUUCGCCUUCGCUGCACCGACUGCCCGGACAUCGAGCUGUGCCCGGAGUGCUUCUCGGCGGGGGCGGAAAUCGGCAACCACCGGCGAUGGCACGGCUACCAGCUGGUGGACGGCGGGCUUUUCUCUCUCUGGGGCGCUGAGGCGGAGGGAGGAUGGACCAGCAGGGAAGAGCAGUCGCUGCUCGAUGCCAUCGAGCAAUAUGGAUUUGGAAACUGGGAGGACAUGGCCACUCAGGUGGGGGCGUCCAGAACCCCCCAGGAGGUCAUGGAGCACUACGUCACCAUGUACAUCCACGGAAACCUUGGCAAGGCCUGCAUCCCUGACAGCAUCCCCAACCGGGUGACUGACCACACCUGCCCCACCGGGGGUCCCCUCUCCCCCAGCCUCACCACCCCUCUACCCCCACUGGAUAUCACCCUGGCCGAACAGCAGCAGCUGGGAUACAUGCCGCUCCGCGAUGACUAUGAGAUCGAAUAUGACCAGGAUGCGGAGAAGCUCAUCAGCGGCUUGUCCGUCAACUACGAUGACGAGGACGUGGACAUUGAGAUGAAGCGCGCGCAUGUGGACAUGUAUGUGCGUAAGCUUCGUGAGCGCCAGCGGCGCAAGAACAUUGCCCGGGACUACAACCUGGUGCCUACCUUCUUGGGCCGCGACAAGAAAGACAAGGAGAAGGAGAAGCCGGGGAUGUUGGGAGUCAUAGGCCUUGGGGGUGGUGGCACGGGCGGAGUUGGAGCCGGUGGCGGCAUAGCAGUCAGCGGGGCCUCCACGACAUCGGCGGGGUCGGGGUCGGGCCCGAGCACGCCGAAACGCAAGAUCACCAAGGAGGAGAAGGAGCAGCGGUACCGGCUCCGGGGGCUCUGCCAGUUCAUGGCCCACAGGGAGUUUGAGGAGUUCUUCGACAACAUGUAUAAAGAGCGCGUGCUGAAGGCCAAGGUGCGCGAGCUCCAGCGCUACCACCGCAACGGCAUCACCCGGCUGGACGAGUCGGCCGAGUACGAGGCGGCGCGUCACAAACGGGAGAAACGCAAGGAGAACAAGAGCGUGGUGGCCUCCAAGCGGGGCAGUGGAGGAGGCGGCGGUGGGUUGCUAGGCUCAGGGGGUGGACUUGUCGGUGGAGCUGGGAGCGGCGGCGGGACCGCAGGGGGGAUAGGGGUCGGAAGCGGGAUCAAGGAAGAGGGUAAGGACGGGGAAUUUGCCGCCAUCGAGAACCUGGCCGGCUUUGAGCUGCUGUCGGACAGGGAGAAGGUGCUGUGCAACUCGCUCAACCUCAGCCCCACUCGCUACCUGACUGUCAAAACUAUCAUCAUCAAAGACCACCUCCAGAAGAGGCAAGGCAUCCCCGCCAAGAGCCGGCUGCCCAGUUAUCUGGACAAGGUGCUCAAGAAACGCAUCCUCACCUUCCUCACAGAAAGUGGCUGGAUAUCGCGCGACGCCUCUUAACAAGCCGUCUCGGCGGCUCGGCGCGGAAGACGAGCGAGCUGACUGGCCGGCGUGUUUUACGUGUAGGAUUCGCGGUGGGCGCCAGAAGCAGACCAAAACCGCCGGAUUUCCACGUUAUUUUCCGGAGCAAACGUGUUUAUAUAUAUAUAUGUACAUUUGCAAAGAAAAAAAUGGAUGUCACUUUGAGAAAAUUUUUUUUUUUUUGUAUUUUGAUACC